AUGACCGACAAAACCGCGAGCGCCGCACCCCCCAAGAAGCGCAGCCUGUUCAAGCGGGCAGCAUGGCAAGAUGCGCCCAAGAAGGAUGGGGAGGACAUGUUCAGCCACUCGAAUGAGUUCAGCGACAUAGUCGCCGAGCAAGCUAGAAUACGGGCAGAAGAGAAAAGAAAGCUGAAGCGGCCAGAAAGCGCAAACAUUCAGAACCACGCGACCAAAAGCGGCGUCGCAUAUCAAACGACAAUGAAGAGCCUAUCCCAACCAAAAGCAGCUCAGCCAGCAAGGAACGAGCAGGCAGGAACGCUAGCAAAGCGUACCGCCAUCGCAUCUCCCACCCGACUCGCUCACCGCACGCUACGAUUCCCUGACCAAAUCCGCAUCCUCGAGCAUUUCAUUACCACAAAAGAAUCAAACGUGAUUGAUCUGGGCGAUUCAGACAAAGAUGACGACUCAGGCUGCGUCUCUAAGCCUUACAAUGAUAACCCUGCGUUGGAUUACACGUCGUCAAAUUCCGUCUUCAAGCAAGAUGUAGCCGUCCGGCCAUCGAAACCACCUCCUAUAGAGAUCAAAGACGACGAAGACGAAGACGACGAAGACCUCGACCCCGCAUUCGCUGCACUGCGGGCUAGGGCGCGGGCGCGCGUCGCAGCAGCCAAGGCACAAGCAAAUGGUAAUGCUCCGAAAGCGCCUAUAGCGCAGCUGUUCAUUGAUCCACAAAUGCCGGACGCGAACCCAUUGAUGGUCAAGGUUAGAGUAGACACAACCAUUGGGAAGCCACGGCUGGCAUGGUGUGGAAAGGAGAAGUUUCCGGAUCAAAUGACACGCAACGUCUUCUUUACAUGGAAAGGCACACGUCUCUACGAUAGCACAUCGAUACAACGGUUAGGGAUACAGGUAGACGUCAAUGGGAACGUAUCCGUCGAAGGAGACUCCAACAUAUACGAUGACAUCAACCUCCCCAAGAUCCAUGUCGAAGCUUGGACAGAGGAGAUCUACAAGCAGCGAAAGAAGGACGACGCCGCUGCAGCUAUAGCGAAGAAGCUGGCAGCCGAAGCAGCCUUGGUGACGAAAGAAAGGACUCCAACCCCGGAACCCGAACCUGGACCCGAAGAGAAACGCUUCCGCUUAAUCCUUAAGGCGAAAGGGCACUCUGAUUUUAAGUUGACGGUGAAAGAGAACACCACUAUUGCUCAUAUUGCAAGCGCUUACAAAUCUCGUCUCAAAAUUGAUAAGAGCCAGCCAGUCACACUCAUGUUCGACGGUGAUCGACUAAUGCCCUUGGACACGGUAGCCGACUACGAUAUGGAAGACGAAGACGCGUGCAUGAUUGAAGUUCUCUUCAAAUGA